AUGAACAAAUAUAUGAGUUCAAGUAGUACUAUUUUAAAUAAUAAAAAAAAUGUAGAAUAUUUUAUGAAAAAUAAUUUAGAUGUAGAUAAAAGUAUCGAUGACAUAAAAAAUAAAAAAUAUGAGGAAAUUUAUAGUGAAAUAAAAAAAAAAUUGAUAAAAUUAGAAAAUACUUUUUUAGAUAAGGUGUUAUUACAAGUUAAAAAAAAAAGCGUUGCUAGUAAAAAUAAUUCUGUUGAGAAGUUGGCUAUAAAUGAAUUAAAUAAAUAUAAAAAGAAUAUUGAAUUAUUAAAAAGUAAAGUAAGUGUAGAAGAUAAUACAGAUAAGAUAGUAAAGUUAGAAAAUAAGUUAAAGGAAAAUGAAGAGAUUCUACAAAAACUAAAUAAUGAUAAAGAAGGUUUAGAAAACAUUUCAAAGCAGCAGUUAAAAGCAUUAGAUGAAAUAUGCUUAAAUGAAACUCAAUUAUCUAUACAAACAAAAUAUGAAGAGAUUAGUCAGUUGAAGGAGGAUUUAAUAAAUUUAAAAAAUAAAUAUAAUGAAAAUGAAAAUAUUUUAAAAAAAAAACAAGAACAAUUAAUUAAUUUAGAUAAUCAAUUAAAAAAAAAAAUUCUGUCUAUUAAAAAUGCCAAAAAUAAUAAUAGUAAUAUUUCAACAUUAAAUAAUAAUAAAAAUAUGUCAAAUAAUCAAAUUCAAACAUUAAAAACGCAAAUUGAUAUGAUAAAUAGUCAUAUAUCUAACGAUGAGUUAAUUUAUGAAGAUAAAAUAUAUGAAUUAGAGAAAAGUAUAAAAUCAUCUGAAAAUGAUAUUGAAUUUUUAAAUUCACAAAUUGAGGAGAUAAAAAAAAAUAACGAAAAUAUUUCCUUAGACAUAAAAAAAAUGAGAAGACAAAAAAAGGAAAAAUAA